AUGGCACCUCGACGCGGUGACGGAGGCUAUUCCUCGGGCUACUAUAACCAAGACAAUCCAUGGAGCCAAAAAAUCUGGUUAUCGCUGGAUGGCUACCAGGGUAGAGAUUUCUUUCUCGCCCAAUUUGCCUUUGAUAUCUUUUCACUCGUCGCAUUCAUCACCUUCCUCAUCUGGGCGUGUACAAUUAGGAAUCGCAGUCUCCCUUUGAAGGGAAUCAUGUGUGCCCUGACUUCCUUUAUAUGCUCCCAAAUAUCUACCAUCGUCUGGGCAUCCUUAUAUAUCGCCGAUGCAGAGGUGAUGAUGUACUAUAUGAUCACCUUGAUGCUCCGGGACUUCUUCAUGGUGAUGGGAAUCUGUCUCACUUUCUACGUCUUCUGGAGCCUCAUCCAUCGCUUCCUGGGCCUACUUGUACCCUCCGGCAAGCCGCACGUGGCAGUGACCGCCAUCCAUUAUCUCCUCUUUGCUCUUAUUUUCGUGGCCUCUCUUUCCGAAUGCGCCUUGUAUAUCGCUUUUUGGGUGGGGGCCGUGAUUGCAGACUAUGAACUCAUAAUGCUGCCAUCGGGAAAAUUGAGUGCCGCGAUCUAUAUCGUUUACUGGCUGCUGUCCAUGGAGGUGAUCGGUUGGACGUUCUUCGUGAUUAAGAAGGCUGGGAGUCAUCGUUUCGUCUCAAAGAUGCCCGCUGUUGCACUCAUCAAUGCCGCCGUUUGCUGGUUUGCGGUGUGUUUCGCAUGGGCGAUCAUAUACAUUCGUUAUAGCCUAAUCCUUACCGAUGCUUGGCCGUUAUACUUGGAUCUCGUUAAAGCCAUUAUCCAGUUCAUUUUCUGGACCGGCACUUACACUGGCAUUCUCCUGUGUUGUGCGAAAUGGCACAGACUCGGAGACGAGCAGAGCUAUGCUGCGCCUCAGUACGAGACCCAGUACCAACCUACUCAACUCCCACCCCGGAACACGGCUCAUGUGCCCCAAGGGAAUUAUCCUCCGGUUCAGCAUCAGCCGUAUGGUACUGCUCCUUACCAGGAUUAUUCGGCACAGCCUCACACUCACUCGCACCAAGUCUCGCCUCGGUAA